AUGCGCGCGGUGUCGACCCCGCGCGCGGCGCCGGGGGCGAUCAAAAAGCACGCGCGCGCGCGCGGGCGGGGCGCUCGCGAUCGCGCGCGCGCACGAGCGCUCGAACCGAACCGCGAGUGGCCCCCGAGCGACGUGUGGGAGGAUUUUUGCGCCGCGCACGAGGGUGGCUGGCACGGCGCGAUGUCGACGCACGAUCCGCGAACGGGACGGGCGAUCGCGCCCGACGGCGACGCGAGCGACGGCGACGCGGUGCGCGAUGGGAAUGACGCCCGGGAGUGGACGAUCUCGACGGUGGGUGGGAUGACGGGGGACGGAGACGCGCUGCGGCUGGAGACGCGCGGGACGCGGGACGGAGCGUCGAGCGAUGGAUCGAGCGACGAACGCGCGGUGACGGAUGUCUGCGGCGGUGGACAGAUGGGUAAGAUGUUUAUCGUGCAGGGAUGUUACGCGCAUGGGCCCAAGGUGCUGCCGGCGUGCGAAGAAGGGGCGGAGGCAGAGUUUGAGUUUGCGUUCGCGGAGGAGGAGACGCCGGGCGAGCGCAGGCGGGUUCGAUUGGUCGUGCGCGCGGCACCGGGGAAGAAGAGAAACUGGGAGUUGGCCACAAUUGAACUCACGCACGAGAUGGCCAGCGCGUCGGGGAUGUCGACGUGCGGAUCGGCGACAGGGGAGUUUCUGACGGAACGGGCGCUGGGCUCAGGCGAGUGGCGGGCGUCGAGCGGAGUGACGUUCAUCGCGAUUGAGGCGCUCGCCGAAGUCCCUGAAGAUCGCGAGGAAAUAGAUCCCGAGACGGGUGAGGUUAUGAUAAAAGGUGGUGAAUUAGGACCGGCGCAAAAGCUGGCGCGAGAGAAGCCAGAGGACACGGCGCUCGCUCGAGCCGCUGCAGCGGAGAAGGCGGCGGAGGAAAAUCGAGCAAAAGACGAGCUCGACGCAGCCUUAAGAGAUCCGGAGGGCAUGCUCGUCGUCCCAUGGUGGGCGGUAAAAUCUCCGUCGAGUUGGUCGAUGGCGGGCGAGUACAUCAUCGGUGGAAACUCCCCUCUCGUGUUCCUCCCGAACAAUAUGUGGGUGCUCGUCGAAUCCGUCGACAAUCAGCUCGUGGUGGAGUGCGGGCGAUACGACGAGGGCGUACCAAGCGCCGUGAUCGACGACACAGAGCGUCGCGUCCUCGCGCGACGUUAUCGCAAAGGUCGCUUUGCCUCCGCCUUCUUUGUCCGCGAGCGUCGUCUCGAUCCUCAAGAGCGCGAAGACGAGGCGGAUGAAUUUGACAUCUUCGACGAAGACUUCGGCUUCGACCAAGUACUCGUCGACGACGUCUGA